AUGAGGUUAGCGAAUGAAAGAAUACAGAUGAUUGUACGCAGUCGGGACGAAAACAUUAAUUUAAGUGAGGCUGUAGAACUCGCACAACAAGAAGAAAGAGCAACCAUGUCAAUGAGAGAAAAGGAUCAAAAGUCAAGGGAAAUAAGCGGGCAGAAUUAUCAAAGAGACCAACUAAAGCAGAUGAAGUGUUACAAUUAUGGUAAAGCGGGGCAAAUAUCCAAGCACUGCAACAGAAAUACCAAACAUUAUGACGAACGAGGGCAUGCAGAUGCGAAAUGUAAUAGAACUAUUAUACGCGAAAAAUGCCAAAGGCGUGGGCAUAGGGAGAAAGACUGUCGAACUCCUAAAUGUUAUCGGUGUAAUAAAUAUGGGCAUUUAGCAUCACAGUGUAGAGAGAAAAUAGAAAAGUUCCGAGGAAAAGGGACGGGAAACGAAACAGGUGGUAUGGGCAGCAGCCAUGCAUAG